GGUUCCGUACUUCAAGACAACGAAACGUGGAGCCUGAUAGAUUUUUUACAUUGGAGUAUAAACGUAUAAACGAUUUCGGAAAAAAGGAGCAUAGAAUAUAUAAAUUUUGUUUGGAAGAGAUUAUCCAAAGUCCGGAGUUAUUGGAAACUCGUAAAGAAGAAUCCGCCAAAGAGUUGGCGUCACACUGUUCGGAAUCACUCAAGGUUGCGUCCGAACAUUUCUUAGUCGAGUCUAAGAGAGUGCCUUGCUAUGACCCGUUGUUAACUGCUCAAAGUGCUAGGUCGAGUCUGAAUCCCCGCUCGUUGAGUCGAAAAUCCCAGGGUCGAGUCCCAUUUUGGCGAGAAAAGAAAUUACCUGAAAGCAUCAGCCUUGAGGAUGAUCCAAGCGAUAUACUAUCAGAUGACAAUAAUGAAGAAAGCCUUGAUGAACUAGAGAUGGAAGAGGUACUUGGAAUAUACCAACAAUUUUAUACUUUCAAAGUCUGCGUAUUGCAAGCUAAAUUUCAAAUCACAAAUUUAUUCUAG